GGGGACGCGAGGAUCGCCCUCGGUGCCGCUUUGGCCAGUGCGUCGGCCCGGGCCCUGACAAGCUGCCCCAGGGGAGGCUCUUCCGAGCCAGAGUUGGACCUCGGCGAUUGCCCUCUGCUCUUCCUCCUCUGAUCUCACGAGGGGUUUCCCGCCUCGCACCCCCCACCUCUGGACGUGCCUUUUCUCCCCUCCCCGCGUGUGGAGGGAGCCAGCGCUUAGGCCGGAGCGAGCCGGGGGGCCGCGGGCCGUGAAGGCAUCGCGGGCACCGAUUCACCAUGGAGGGCGCCGGGGGCGCGAACGACAAGAAAAAGAUAAGUUCUGAACGUCGAAAAGAGAAGUCUAGAGAUGCAGCCAGAUCUCGUCGAAGUAAAGAGUCUGAAGUUUUUUAUGAGCUUGCUCAUCAGUUGCCACUCCCCCAUAAUGUAAGCUCGCAUCUUGAUAAGGCUUCUGUUAUGAGGCUCACCAUCAGCUAUUUGCGUGUGAGGAAACUUCUGGAUGCUGGUGAUUUGGAUAUUGAAGAUGAAAUGAAGGCACAGAUGAACUGCUUUUAUUUGAAGGCCUUGGAUGGUUUUGUUAUGGUUCUCACAGAUGAUGGUGACAUGAUUUACAUUUCUGACAAUGUGAACAAAUACAUGGGAUUAACUCAGUUUGAACUAACUGGACACAGUGUGUUUGAUUUUACUCAUCCUUGUGACCAUGAGGAAAUGAGAGAAAUGCUUACACACAGAAAUGGCCUUGUAAAAAAGGGUAAAGAGCAAAAUACACAGCGGAGCUUUUUUCUCAGAAUGAAGUGUACCCUAACUAGCCGGGGGAGAACUAUGAACAUAAAAUCUGCAACAUGGAAAGUACUUCACUGCACAGGCCAUAUUCAUGUAUACGAUACCAACAGUAACCAAUCUCAGUGUGGGUAUAAGAAACCACCGAUGACAUGCUUGGUGCUGAUUUGUGAACCCAUUCCUCAUCCAUCAAAUAUUGAAAUUCCUUUAGACAGCAAGACUUUCCUCAGUCGUCACAGUCUGGAUAUGAAAUUUUCUUAUUGUGAUGAAAGAAUUACAGAAUUGAUGGGAUAUGAGCCAGAAGAACUUUUGGGCCGCUCAAUUUAUGAAUAUUAUCAUGCCUUGGACUCUGACCAUCUGACCAAAACUCAUCAUGAUAUGUUUACUAAAGGACAAGUCACAACAGGACAGUACAGAAUGCUUGCCAAAAGAGGUGGCUAUGUCUGGAUUGAAACUCAAGCAACUGUCAUAUAUAACACUAAGAACUCUCAGCCCCAGUGCAUUGUAUGUGUAAAUUACGUUGUGAGUGGUAUUAUUCAGCACGACUUGAUUUUCUCCCUUCAACAAACAGAAUGUGUCCUCAAACCAGUUGAAUCUUCAGACAUGAAAAUGACUCAGCUAUUCACCAAAGUUGAAUCAGAAGAUACAAGCAGUCUCUUUGAUAAACUUAAGAAGGAGCCUGAUGCUUUAACUUUGUUGGCACCAGCUGCUGGAGACACAAUCAUAUCUUUAGAUUUUGGCAGCAAUGACACAGAGACUGAUGACCAACAACUUGAGGAAGUUCCAUUGUAUAAUGAUGUAAUGCUCCCCUCAUCUAAUGAGAAAUUGCAGAAUAUAAAUUUGGCAAUGUCUCCAUUACCUGCCUCUGAAACUCCAAAGCCACUUAGAAGUAGUGCCGACCCUGCACUCAACCAAGAAGUUGCGUUAAAGUUAGAACCAAAUCCAGAGUCACUGGAACUUUCUUUCACCAUGCCCCAGAUUCAAGAUCAGCCAGCUAGUCCUUCUGAUGGAAGCACCAGACAAAGUUCACCUGAGCCUAACAGUCCCAGUGAAUAUUGUUUUGAUGUGGAUAGUGAUAUGGUCAAUGAAUUCAAGUUGGAAUUGGUAGAGAAACUUUUUGCUGAAGAUACAGAAGCAAAGAAUCCAUUUUCCACUCAGGACACUGAUUUAGACUUGGAGAUGUUAGCUCCUUAUAUCCCAAUGGAUGAUGACUUCCAGUUACGUUCCUUUGAUCAGUUGUCACCACUGGAAAACAGUUCUACAAGUCCUCAAAGUGCAAGCACAAAUACAGUAUUCCAGCCCACUCAAAUGCAAGAACCUCCUAUAGCCACCGCCACUACCACCGCCACCAAUGAUGAAUUGAAAACAGUGACAAAAGAUGGUACGGAAGACAUUAAAAUACUGAUUGCAUUUCCAUCUCCUCCCCACGUACCUAAAGAACCUCCUUGUGCCACAACGUCACCAUAUAGUGAUACUGGAAGUCGGACAGCCUCACCCAACAGAGCAGGAAAAGGAGUCAUAGAACAGACAGAAAAAUCUCAUCCAAGAAGCCCUAAUGUGUUAUCUGUCGCUUUGAGUCAAAGAACUACUGCUCCUGAGGAAGAACUAAAUCCAAAGAUACUAGCUUUGCAGAAUGCUCAGAGAAAGCGAAAAAUUGAACAUGAUGGUUCACUUUUUCAAGCAGUAGGAAUUGGAACAUUAUUACAGCAACCAGAUGAUCGUGCAACUACCACAUCACUUUCUUGGAAACGUGUAAAAGGAUGCAAAUCUAGUGAACAGAAUGGAAUGGAGCAAAAGACAAUUAUUUUAAUACCCUCUGAUUUAGCAUGUAGACUGCUGGGGCAAUCAAUGGAUGAGAGUGGACUACCACAGCUGACCAGUUAUGAUUGUGAAGUUAAUGCUCCUAUACAAGGCAGCAGAAACCUACUGCAGGGUGAAGAAUUACUCAGAGCUUUGGAUCAAGUUAACUGAGCUUUUUCAUAAUCUCAUUCCUUUUUUUGGACACUGGUGGCUCAUUACCUAAAGCAGUCUAUUUAUAUUUUCUAUAUCUAAUUUUAGAAGCCUGGCUACAAAUACUGCACAAACUCGGUUAGUUCAAUUUUGAUCCCCUUUCUACUUAAUUUACAUUAAUGCUCUUUUUUAGUAUGUUCUUUAACGCCAGAUCACACACAGCACAUUUUCAUAGUUCUUCGGUAUUUAAACCAUUGCAUUGCAGUAGCAUCAUUUUUAAAAUGCACCUUUUUAUUUAUUUA